AUGCAGCCUCAGCUACCGCAACAAAAGCCUCUGUUCUUCUUCUUAUUGAGCUUCAUAAUCUGGUCAUGGUGGACUCUUAACGACGUCGUUUCGGACCCUCAGACGAAUCUAGUGCGACUAUGGUGUGACCCCCAAGACGGUGACAACGAUGGGUCCAUCAUGAAGGAGAUCCUGAACGAAACGUUUGGAGAUCUGAGAUCUCAGAUCCAAAACCAAAACAAACACUUCGCCAUAGCUCAAUCAGUGAAGGCUAACAUCCCCGUUUAUGGCCUUUUUCAGUGCAGAAACUACCUCUCCGUUGCCGAUUGCCUCGCUUGCUUUGACGUCGCCGCCGUAAACAUCCGCAACUGCUCCGCCAGGGCAUACGCUGCUCGUCUUGUCUACGACGGCUGCUUCCUCAGGUAUGAGAGCAGUCAAAGCUUCGACUGGGCCAGCGAUAGUUGGAACAACAUAGUAUGUGGGAAUCAGACAAUAAAAGAUUCGCCUGCUCUUGCUUCAACUGUGCAACAAGUGCUAAGGAAUCUAGGCAUAGCAACCCCAAGAAUCCCUGGUUCCUAUGUGGCCACUAAGACGCCUGUCCCUAACAGUAAUGAUCUGAAUAUUUAUGGCUUGGCUCAAUGUGUUGACACUGUCCUACAAAAUGGGUGCCGGACUUGUAUUAACAUUGCUUUAAGACACUUUCAGAAUUGCCUUACCAACACAGAUGCCAAGAGUUACGAUAUUGGCUGUUUCGUGAGAUACUCCACCACUGCCUUCUUUGCUCUUAAUCAAACCAUUGAUAUCAACCCCUUCUUGAAACAAGGUUCAAGCAAUAAAGGGGCCAUCAUUGGCAUUGUUAUUGGAUGUUUAGUGCUUUUCUUUGUCUUCCUUAUUGCAUUAUUUGCCUGGAUUAGAUCACGAAAAAGCCAAAAGAAGGUUCCCAGAGGAGAUAUUACUGGAAUUAGCGUGUUGAAAGCCCAGGUUAAUUACAAUUAUGGAGAUUUGAAGUCUGCAACGAAAAAUUUCAGCAUUGAAAAUAAACUUGGAGAAGGUGGAUUUGGUGCAGUAUAUAAGGGCACUUUGAAGAAUGGAAAAGUAGUUGCAGUGAAGAAAUUAACUUUACGACAAUCGAAGAGGGUAGAAGAAGAGUUUGAGAGUGAAGUGAAACUUAUAAGUAACGUUCAUCAUCGGAAUCUUGUCCGGCUGCUUGGAUGUUGCAGUAAAGGCAAUCAGAGAAUUCUGGUCUAUGAAUACAUGAAAAAGACCAGUCUUGACAGAUUUUUAUUUGGAAAAAAUAAAGGUUCUCUUAAUUGGAAGCAACGAUACGAUAUAAUUUUAGGAACAGCAAGAGGUUUGGUUUAUUUACAUGAAGAAUUUCAUGUUCGUAUCAUACAUAGAGACAUAAAGACUAACAACAUCCUCUUGGAUGAUGAUUUACAACCUAAAAUUGCUGAUUUUGGCUUAGCAAGACUCUUACCUGAGGACAAGACUCAUCUUAACACAAGAUUUGCGGGAACAUUAGGAUAUACAGCUCCAGAAUAUGCAAUUCAUGGACAACUAUCAGAAAAGGUUGAUGUAUAUAGCUAUGGUGUUAUAAUUUUAGAAAUUAUUAGUGGUCAAAGAAACAAUGAAUUGAAUGCCAAUGGUGCUGCUGAAGGCGAAUUCCUCCUUCAAAAAGCUUGGAACUUAUACAAGAGAGGCAUACAUUUAGAACUGGUGGACGAGACCUUAGACGCUAAUGAUUAUGAUGCAGAAGAAGUGAAGAAAAUCAUAGAGAUUGGUUUACUUUGCACACAAGCAUCUGUAGAUAUAAGGCCAAAGAUGUCUGAAGUAGUUGCAUUGCUCCAACAAAAGGGUUUAUCAGAGGAUAUGAGACCCACUAUGCCUAUUUUGAUUGAAAUUGGUUAAAGGUGCAUGGAAACUAAGACACUUAGCUUUUAACCUCUGGUACCUUCUCUACAUAUGAAGGUGUGGCUUCAAGUUUUGAACUCAAAAAAGGAAGGGAAAAAAAUAAAAAUAAAAGAAGGAGAAGUCUCGAAAUGAUUGUCCUUAAUUCAUUCCAUUCUUGUGCGUAACUAUAUGUCAAACUUACAUAAGUGUAUGUGUAUUGAUAAUUGCAUUUAAAUUUUGAUAUGCAUACGUGUAUACUCAUAAAACCAAUUAUAUUUUAUAUCUUAUGUAUAUGAUUUCACUUGAUAUAAAUUGAUUGUUGAACAAUUAGU